GUGGGGGGAGGGGGGGGGAAAGACGGUGGAAUAUCGACACUCUCCGGAGCCGUGAGGCUGGGCCCUGGUCCUAUCCUCUUCAAGACAGGGUUCGGGCCCAGGUCCCGUGUCGGGGUCGAUUUCAUCCGCAAUCCGAGCGGCCCUGGUUGGACUUUCAGCCGCAGUGUGUCCGGGAAGGAGGUAACAGAUUUACAGACCUCCCCUCUGUCAGCCCCGCCGGUCACACAGUCCUGUCUCCACAGCCAUGAACCCCUAUCAGUGUCCAAUCUGCGGGAAACGCUUCAAGCAAUCGGGCAAUCUGAUCGCACACCAGCGGGUUCACACCGGGGAGAAGCCGUUCACCUGCCCUGACUGCGGGAAACUGUUCGCCUACCGCUCCAACUUCGUGGUGCACCAGCGGAUCCACACCGGAGAGAAACCGUUCACCUGCUCUGAGUGCGGGAAGGGGUUCACACAGUCAUCGGAGCUGAUGAAGCACCAGCGGGUUCACACCGGGGAGAAGCCGUUCUCCUGCUCGGAGUGUGGGAAGGAGUUCAGCCGUUCAUCCGAUCUGCAGAGCCACCGGCGAGUUCACACCGGGGAGAAGCCGUUUACUUGCUCUGAGUGUGGGAAGGGAUUCACGCAGUUAUCAAACUUGGCCAACCACAAGCGAGUGCACACCGGGGAGAAACCGUACAUCUGCUCUGAGUGCGGGAAGGGAUUCACGCAGUUAUCCAACAUGUUUACACACCAGCGAGUCCACCGGGGGGAGAGGCCCUUUAUCUGCUCUGAAUGUGGGAAGGGAUUCACUCAGUCAUCCCACCUGACGACCCACCAGCGAAUGCACACCGGGGAGAGGCCUUUCAUCUGCUCCGAGUGUGGUAAGGCAUUCACUGAUUCCCGUUACCUGUUCAGACACCAGCAGAUCCACAGCGGGGUGAAGCCGUUCACCUGCUCCGACUGUGGGAAGCGGUUCACUCAUUCGUGUGACCUACUGAAUCACCAGCGGAUCCACACUGAGGAGAGACCGUUCACCUGCUCCGAGUGUGGGAAGGGCUUCACCCGUUCGUCUGAAAUGUUAAAGCACCAGCGGAUCCACACCGGGGAGAAACCGUUCAUCUGCUCCGAGUGUGGGAAGGGAUUCACUGAGCAAUCUUACUUACUGAUACACCAGCGACUUCACACUGGGGAGAAACCUUUCAUCUGCUCGGAGUGUGGGAAAGGAUUCACUCAGCUGUCCAACCUGCGAACACACCAGCGAGUUCACACCGGGGAGAAGCCAUUCAUCUGCUUAGCCUGUGGGAAGGGUUUCACUCAACCAUCUUCCCUGCUGACUCACCAGAGAGUUCACAGUGGGGAGAAACCGUUCAUCUGCUCCGAGUGUGGGAAGGGAUUUGCUCAGCUGUCUAACCUGCGGACACACCAGCGAGUUCACACCGGGGAGAAGCCAUUCGCCUGCUCCAAGUGUGGGAAGGGGUUCACCCAGUCAUGUCACCUGGUGACUCAUCUGCAAACUCAUACCGGGGAGAAGCCGUUCGUCUGCUCGGAGUGUGGGAAGGGGUUCAGCAGAUUGACCAAUCUGAUUGAGCACCAGCGGGUUCACACCGGGGAGAAGCCGUUCAACUGCCCGGACUGCGGGAAGGGAUUCACGCAGUUGUCCAACAUGCUCACGCACCAGCGAGUUCACAGCGGGGAGAAGCCUUUCACCUGCUCCGAUUGCGGGAAGAGCUUCGCCUUCCACUCCAACUUCGUGGUGCACCAGCGGAUCCACACCGGAGAGAAACCGUUCACCUGCUCUGAGUGCGGGAAGGGAUUCACACAGUCAUCGGAGCUGAUGAAGCACCAGCGGGUUCACACCGGGGAGAAGCCGUUCUCUUGUACCGAGUGUAAGAAGGAGUUCCGUCGUUUAUCCGCUCUGCAGAGCCACCGGAGGGUUCACACAGGGGAGAAGCCGUUCAUCUGCAUGGAGUGUGGCAAGGGAUUCACUCAGUCAUCUCACCUGAAGAGACACCAUCGAGUUCACACUGGGGAGAGACCGUUCACCUGCUCUGAGUGCGGGAUGGCGUUCACGCAGUUAUCCAACAUGUUUACACACCAGCGAGUUCACAGCGGGGAGAGGCCUUUCAUCUGCCCUGUGUGUGGGAAGGGAUUCACUCAGUCAUCUCACCUAAUGACCCACCAGCGAAAGCACAGCGAUGAGAAGCCGUUCAUCUGCUCCGAGUGUGGUAAGGGAUUCACUGAUUCCUGUUACCUGUUGAGCCAUCAGCUGAUCCACACCGGGAUGAAGCCGUUCACCUGCCCCGACUGUGGGAAGAGAUUCACUUAUUCAUGUGACCUGCUGAAACACCAGCGGAACCACACCGACGAGAGACCGUUCACCUGCUCCCAGUGUGGGAAGGGAUUCACCCGUUCGUCUGAAUUGUUAAAACACGAGCGGAUUCACAUGGCGGAGAAACCGUUCUCCUGCUCCGAGUGUGGGAAGGGAUUCACUCAACCAUCUUACCUUUACAGACACCAGCGAGUUCACACAGGGGAGAAGCCGUUCGUCUGCUCUGAGUGUGGGAAGAGUUUUACUGUUAUAUAUAACCUGCAGGCUCACCAGCGAGUUCACACGGGGGAGAAGCCUUACACUUGCACUGAGUGUGGGAAGAGUUUUACUGUUGUAAACAACCUGCAGCGACAUCAGCGAGUUCACACCGGGGAGAGGCCGUUCACCUGCUCCGAGUGUGGGAAGAGCUUUGCUCAAUCCUGUCACCUGAUGAUGCACCAGCGAACUCACACUGCGGAGAAACCGUUCAAAUGCUCGGCGUGCGGGAAGGGAUUCAGUCAACGAUCUUACCUGGUGGCGCACCAGCGAAUUCACACCGGGGAGAAACCGUUCAUCUGCUCCGAGUGCGGGAAGGGAUUUAAUCAACAGAUCAGCCUGAAGAAACACCAACAAGUCCACACGGGGGAGAAGCAGUUCACCUGUUCCGAGUGUGGGAAGGGGUUCACUCGGUCAUCAGACCUGGAGAAACACCAGCGAGCUCACACUCCGGACAGGGAUUGAAAAUGCCGUGUGUGGGGUAUAUAUCCACAUGCAGAGAGACCCUCUCCGGGUGAUGGAAUCUGUCUAAUUGUUACUAUUCUCAUAGUUUAACUUUCUUAUGCUUGUUUGUAUUUUUCAUAUAUUUAUCUCUACGUGUAAUUGCUCUGUUGGUUACAGUUGCCUCCAUGUUGUUUUCUGGAAACUUCUAUUGGUGGCUACUGUGGUACUUGAAGUUGGGUACCACAGUGCCGGAGCCACUGCCGGAGCCGGAAGUCUGGAAGAUGGCAGAAGGAAGAUCAGCUGAUCUCUCCACUGAUUCUCAGUAAGCUUUUGGAAUUUUUCGCGAUUUGGAGGCAAAGGGGAUUUCUUACUGCUGUAGAACUAGUACAGGAACUCAGGAGGACCAUUAAGGCCUAAAGCUAUUCCCACGAGGAAAGCCACAGCCAGACACAGCAACAACUAACCGAGGACUGUGUUUAGAGAUGGAGAUUGCCUCCUCACACUGACUCUGACCAAGGAACACAUUUCACUGGGAAUGUUUGUUGGGAAUUAUUGACAACUGAUGAACAUUGAACGGUCUUUCCAUUGUCCACAGCACCCAGAGUCAUCAGGACAGUCGAAUGAAUGAUGGAAUCACCAACAACGGCUGAGUGAGUAUCAUGAGGAAGGUUGUGCCAAUGGCCUACGGCUCUUCCUGUCGUUCUGUGUGACAUCAGAGCAACCCCAAACGAGAUAAAGUCCAUUGGAGGUGGUAACAGGGUGACCCACGUCACCGCCGGGAGCUCUCCACCUCAGAGAGGCUGAUAAACAUGUUAUGGCAGAGAGUUUAAUUAACUAUUUUGUGAAGUUAACCCAAGAUGUGCCGUCCACUUCCCAACAGGUUUCUGCUGCUCGGAGUGAUCAAACACCCGGAUUCCUGCUGAGAUUCCCGUACGGAACCACUGGGAGCUCAAUGAGAGGGUCCUUAACGAACGUUGUUAAUUACUAAUUUGGAUGUGAAAGUAAGUGAAUUCACGCGAGUCACUGCGAGUAAGCUGGAGUGGCUCCUGACAAAGACAACAAGUGCUGUGGUGAAUGUGCUGCCGCCUCUGCUGGGCAACAGUGGGGAAAUCAGUGACCGGCCAGAAGACUUGGUACAGAGUCGAUAACUACAGCUUAUUAUGGUGUUUAUUCGAAUAUUAUUUGUUGUUCUUACAUCUUUACCAAGUUUCCCUGCUCACAAUGUGCCAAUUCUCAUGACGCAAUGUGUACUUACGGGAAUUUGCAAUAAUAUGCUGAGACUUAAUGUCUCUAGUUGUUGGGUUUGCCGAUACCUUCCACAGAUUUCAAAAUAUUCACUGAUGCAAGGCAUUGCAGCAGAUCCAGAACAGAUAUGCAAAAUGUCCUGUUGUAACGGGAUGGCGGUAGGCCCACGGCCAACCCUGCUCCGUUCACAGCCGCCCUCGUGUCCGUCCACAGAGGAGUUGGGAUAUCUCUACAGCUGUAUCCAAAGUUCAUGAUAAAGCUAUGAAACCUUUUCAUGUGUUUACUACAAAAGCUACCUUUAACUUGAGUUCAGACAGUACCAUUCCAGUAGGGCUGAGUUUUAUGCAACCAGCUGCUAUCCCUCUCCGAUGUAAAUGGCUCACAUCUUGUUAUUUGGGUUCUGUCUCUCCUUCAGACACUUUAUCGUUACAUCCUGACUCUAGAAUAAACAAGAUCUUUCAGAAAAAAAUCAUUUUCUAUUAAUUUUAGUCCCAUAAUGUGCUGUUACAGGAAAUAUAAGACAGGUUCAAAAUAUUGCCACAGUUUUAGAAAGAGUAAGCAAUGACAUCACUGGGCCCUUGCAGAAAGUAACAACUGACAUAGUUGCCCCGUGAAGAAUGGUUCUUCAAAAACACAUGGCAUCAGAUCUCUGAACGGUCAACGUGGGGUAACGUGCAGUUCUAGGCAAGGAGUGCUGGCCUUACAUCCUGUACCCGACAGAUCUGACAAAACUGAUUUGGCUGAUUGAAUGCAUUAAGAAACAGCUACAAUCCAUCAGUCUGAUGGGUGGGAUUGUUUAACUGCAUACAAUUAAAUUUAGGAGACUGGUGGGUUACUCAAUAUUUUAUCAAAUGACCUGAUAUGCCAAAACAUGAUUUAAAUAAUUUUUAUUUGUAAAAUGACAAUCAAUAAUAGAGGAGCACAAACUCAUAUAAGUGUACUUUUUUUACAAAGAUAAUCAACUUAUCACUGAGAUGAAUACCCUUUUAUAUUUAUAGAAAGGGUGAUUUUUAAAAAAAUACGUACUUAGGUUUCACAUCUUUUUCAGCCUCUGAAUUUCCAGAAGUAAUAAUUUGGCACGGUAGUGUUGUGGCUAGCACAAUGCGUUCUGUACCAGUGACCUGAGUUCAAUUCCCGCCACAGUCUCUAUGGAAUUUAUAUGUUCUCCCAUCACCGUGUGGGUUUUCUCACACACUCUAAAGAUGUACCGGUUGAUAGGUUAUUUGGUUAUUGUUAACUGUCCUGUGAUUGGGCCAGGGUUAAAUUGGGGGUUGCUGUGUGGCAUGGCUCAAUGGAUCAAUGUAAAAUUGGGGAAUUUAGAACAGGGGUUUGGGGGAGUUGGGUUGGGCCGUAUUUUCAUGUAGUUUUAAAUUUUUAUGUUUGUUUGCAUUCUUGUAUAGUUUCCAAUAACAUAGUUGUUCGGUGUAUUUCUAGUCUUUACAGUUGCCUCUUUAUAUUUUCUGGAAAGUUUUUAGUUCCAAUGGUGGGAAUCGCAUUAUUUGGAUAGGUGCCAGCUUAUUGAUUAAGCAAUGGAAUUUAGAUGAAAUGCACACUAUCGGUAGUCUGGAUAGAAGAAAACCACACCACCUUUUGUUAUUUUUUCCUUUUCCCUUCUUUGCCUUUCAUAGUCAGCACAGAAACAGGCCAUUCAGCCCAUCUAGCCCAUGCCACAGCCAUUUAAACUGCCUACUCCCAUCAACCUGCACUGUGACCAUACCCAUCAAUACCCCAGUUAUCCAGGUACCUAUCCAAACUUUGCUUAAACGUUGAAAUCGAGCUCACAUGCACCACUUGUGCUGGCAGCUCAUUCCACGCUCUCACAAACCUCUGACUGAAGAAGUUUGCCAUCAUGUCCCCCUUAAACUUCUCACCUUUUACCCUUAAAAUUUUUUUUUAUAGAAUUUUCAAAUAGGUUACAGAAAGAAAAAAAAUAUCAACCCUUCCCCACCUCCCCUUAACCCCUCCCCCCUAACAUAUCCCUGUAGGAAAAAAAAGAAGAAAAAAGAAAGAAAGAAAGAGUGCCUGGAUAUCGGAAGAUCCCCACAUGCUCCAUGGAGUUCGUAACAGCUUUAAUAUAUAUAUUUCUUUCUUUCCCCAGAAAACCAAUAAUUUUAUCUUCGGAGCACCUAUAUAUUUAAUCCUAUUUUUUGUAAAUAAGGGUGCCAAAUUUUCAGAAAUAUUUCAUAUUUGUCUCUUAAAUUAUAAGUAAUUUUUUCAAGUGGAAUGCAGCUAAAAACUCCAUUCUUUUAGCAAUCUAUACUUAAGUAUGACUCAGAUUUCCAAGUAACUGCAAUAGCCUUUUUGGCUACUGCCAAUGCAAUUUUUAUGAAUUCUUUCUGAUAUUUAUUCAAUUUGGAUUUAUCCUUUCAAUAUCGCCUAGUAAAAAUAAUAUUGGAUUAUGUGGAAGUUGUAUUCCAAUAAUUUGUUCCAGUUAAAAACUCUUAAAUUUGUCCAAAAAGGUUGAAUUUUAGAACAAGACCAAGUACAGUGUAAAAAAGUACCAAUUUCUUGAUUACAUCGAAAACAUUGAUCAGAUAAAUUUGAAUUUAAUCUAUUUACUUUUUGUGGUGUAAUAUAUAUUUGAUGUAAAAAGUUAUAUUGUACUAAUCUUAGUCAAACAUUUAUUGUAUUUGUCAUACUGUCAAGACAUAAACUUGACCAACUUGUUUCAUCAAUUUUAAUAUUCAAAUCAGUUUCCCAUUUUUGUCUUGACUUAUGAAUUCCUUGUUUAAUUGCCUGUUUUUGAAUCAAAUUAUACAUACCAGAAAUAUUUUGUUUAGUUUUUCCUUUAUGAAUUAAAGUUUCUAUUUCAUUAGGUUUUAGCAAUAACAUGGUUUGACCCAGUUUAUCUCUUAAAUAAGCCCUUAAUUGGAAAUAACAGAAAAUGGGGUUAUUUGAUAUUUUAUAUUUAUUCCUUAAUUGAUCAAAUAACAUUACUAUAUCUCCUUCAAAACAGUCUCUUAUAUAUCUAAUCCCUUUGUGAAACCAGUUAUAUAAAAGUUGAUUAUCCAUUGUAAAAGGGAUAAAUUUAUUUUGAAUUAAAGGUCUCUUUGCUAAUAAAGAUUUCUUUAUCUCAUCAUCAACAUUUAUCUUAUUCCAUAAAUCAAUCAAAUAUUUUAGUAUAGGAGAUUCAUUCUUUUCCUGUAUCCAUUUAGAUUCCCAUUUAUAUAUAAAAUUUUCUGGUAUAUUUUCUCCUAUUUUGCCUAAUUCUAUUCUAAUCCAUGCUGGUUUAUCUUCAUCAAAAAAACUUGCAAUAAAUCUAAGUUGAUUUGCUUUGUAAUAAUUCUUAAAAUUUGGUAAUUGUAAUAGGUCAAAUUUCCAUGUCAAUUUUUCCAACGAUAUUCUUGACAUCUUACCUUUCCAAAGGAACUUCCUCACACAUUUAUUUAACUCUUGAAAAAAUUUCUGCGGUAAUUGUAUUGGUAAUGUUUGGAAUAAAUAUUGUAAUCUGGGGAAUAUAUUCAUUUUUAUAGCAUUGACUCUACCUAUUAAUGUUGUUGGUAACAUCAUCCAUUUAUCAAGAUCCUCUUGAAUUUUUUUUCAAUAAUGGCAAAUAAUUUAAUUUAUAUAAAUUCUUUAUAUCAUUAUCAACUCUUAUACCUAAAUACUUUAUACCAUUUAUCGGCCAUCUAAAUUCAGUUAUUAAUCGACAUUGACUAUAAUCUCCUUUAGUAAGGGGUAGAAUUUCACUUUUAUCCCAAUUUACUUUGUACCCUGAUAUUUUCCCAUAUUCUUCCAAUCUAGAAGAUAAUUUAAACAACGAAUGUAAUGGGUUAGUUAAAUAAAUCAGAUCAUCAGCAAAUAAGUUAAUCUUAUAUUCCUCCUGAUUAACUCUGAAACCCCUAAUAUGAGUCAAUUCUAAUUAAUUCAGCUAAUGGUUCUAUCGCCAACACAAAUAAAGCAGGUGAUAAAGGUCAACCUUGUCUAGUUAACCUUGUUAACUGAAAUGAUGUUGAAAUUUGGCCAUUUGUCAUCACUUUAGCUUUGGGGUUAGUAUUUAAGGUUUUAAUCCAUUUUAUAAAAGAUACCCCUAAUCCAUAUUUUUCCAAUACCUUAAAUUAAAAAAUCCCAUUCCAAUCUAUCAAAUGUUUUUUCUGCAUCCAAAGCAACUGCCACACUCAUUUCUUCCCUCUUUUGUGCCAAAUGAAUUAUGCUCAGUAACUGAGUUACAUUAUCUGCCGAUUGUCUAUUUUUAAUAAAUCCUGUUUGGUCCAUGUGUAUUAAUUUUGGUAAGUAUUUAGAUAAUCUGUUAAAUCAAAUCUUUGCUAUUAUUUUAUAAUCCAUGUUCAACAAAGAAAUAGGUCUAUAUGAUGUUGGCUUUAAAAGAUCUCUGUCUUUUUUUGGCAAUACUAUUAAAAUAGCUGUCGAAAAAGA